AUGGCAAAGGCUUAUCAGAAAAAUGAUUUUGAAAAAUUAAUGGCUAAAGUGGAAAAAAUAGAUGGCAGAGUUAAAAAGUAUCUUCAAGAUGUUGGGUAUGAAAGGUGGGCUAGAUCUCAUGCAACUGUUAACAGGGGGAGGAUGAUGACUUCGAACAUAGCGAAAUGUAUCAAUGGUUUCCUUGUUGAUGCACGACAACUACCUAUUAUAGACUUUCUGGAAGAAGUUAGAAUUCUAUUUGGUACUUGGAAUUGCAAAAAUCGAGAAAUAACAUCUUAUUCAAAGGAAACAUUAGGGAGAAGAUUUGAAGAAACAUUAAUUAUAAACGCGUCCAAAUGUGUGAAAAUGAAGGUAGUUGCAUCUUCUGAAUAUAUUUUUGCAGUGUAUGAAUGUGCGAUAAGAUACAUUAUAUGUCUUGAGAGAAAAACUUGUUCAUGUGGUAGAUUUCAAUAUGACGAGAUACCUUGUGCGCACGCAAUGGUUGUUUUGAUGAAGAAGAAUAUUAAAGAUGUACAUCCUUACUGCUCUUAUUACUAUAAACAUGAUGCAUUAACAAACACGUAUGCACUUCCAAUAGAACCAAUGCCAGACAAAAGUGAUUGGAGAGCUCCACGAACUGUUGUGGACAAUGUGGAGAGGAAGGUCACAAUAGAAGAACAUGUACUUUCUUCCCAAAAGAUUCUUAAUGGUUACUAUUUUAUGAUGCAAUAA